GUUACCAGUUCCGGCCUCCAAGGGGCGGGGAGAAGGGUGAAAAUGCGGCUGUCUGUAUCGGCCGCUAUCUCCCAUGGCCGAGUAUUUCGCCGCCUGGGCCUCGGCCCAGAGUCCCGCAUCCACCUUUUGCGGAACUUGCUCACGGGACUAGUGCGACACGAACGAAUCGAGGCGUCAUGGGCGCGUGUGGACGAGAUGAGGGGCUACGCUGAGAAGCUCAUCGACUAUGGAAAGCUGGGAGACACCAACGAACGAGCUAUGCGCAUGGCUGACUUCUGGCUCACGGAAAAGGACUUGAUUCCAAAGCUGUUUCAAGUACUGGCCCCUCGGUUCCAAGAUCAGAAUGGGGGUUACACAAGAAUGCUGCGGAUCCCAAACAGCAGUCAACAGGAUCGGGCCAAGAUGGCAGUGAUAGAAUAUAAAGGGAACUGCCUCCCACCCCUGCCUUUGCCUCGCAGAGACAGCAAUCUUACACUCCUAAACCAGUUGCUGCAGGGUCUGCGGCAGGACCUCCACCAGAACCAGGAAGCAAGCCUCAGUAGCUCCCACACAGCUCAACCACCAAGGAUCUAACUGGAGCAGGAAGGUCUGUGACUCUUUUCAGUGCCUGUGAUCACAGGCCUUUGGAGCUCUUUUAAUGUCUGAGAAGAACUGAAACUUGAAUUGUAAAAUGGGCAGUCUUAAUGGGGCCCAGAACCUUCUGGAGAGCCAUAUGGCCCUCUCUUUGCACAGUAUAUAAAAUUCUUUACAUGAAUAUAUGUAAAUUGAUCUUUUUGUCUUUCUCUAGGAUUUCUAGAAAAUAAUAACUAAAAUGGUCAAUCAUCUAGGAUAAUAAAUCAUGGAUAAUGUUUCUGGAUUGUA